AUGGGAUUUCCGGUGGGAUAUUCCGAGUUUCUGCUCCCGAAGGUGUGCCUACACCUUGUCUUCCUGCUGGGGCACAUCCGGCGACUGAUCUCCUGGAUCUUCGAGGCCCUGGGGCUGGGUGAUCUCCUUCUUGACGCGGAGAUCUCUCCGUCAGCGCGGGCGGCGGCGAGGGAUUACUCCGCCGCGGCCGCCUCGGAGCGCCACCGCGGCCGGCAGGGCCACGGCGGGGGGGAGAUCCAGUCGGCGGCAGCGGCGGCGCUGAUUCAGGAGAUGCUGCCUGUUGCACGGGUGGAGGAGCUGAGGGCGGAGGGUUGGGACAUCCCCGAGGACUGCGCAGUGUGCUUACAGGAGUUCGCCGCCGGCGACGAGGCCCGUCGGCCGGGGAACUGCCGCCAUGUCUUCCACCGGUGCUGCCUCGACCGGUGGACGGAGCACGACCAGAGGACCUGCCCUCUCUGCAGGACGCCGCUCGUCCCCGAGGAGCUGCAGGAGGCCUUCGACGGCCGAAUCUGGGCCGCCGCCGGCGAGGUUCCUCCCUUCGUCCACUACUACGGUGACGGCGAGGGGUUCGAGUACGACUCCGCCGCUGUCGACCUGUUCCGCCAGUACUCGCCGUCCCCCUUGGCGUCGGCGGCGGCGGCGGCGGCGGCGGCUUCCUCGUAG